AUGGCUGGCCUGACUCUGGAGGGCAGCGAGCUGUGCUUGCAGUGCCGCAUUGUCCGCACGUUGUUGUGCCAAGGCGCGUUCCUGAGCCUCCAGUGCAUUGUCCCGAAUCUCAAUAUCAUUGAAGGCAUCUUCCAGUUGUUGCUCCUGUUCCUGCAUCUCGUCCAUCAUUCCGGUCACGAAUCCUUGGUCGAGUCGGUGACUCCGGACCAAGCCCCGAGGACGGCACCUACAGCACGUCCUCCCAAGCGGGACGGUGGUACCAAUGCAGAGUCCAUCACUCCGUCCUUGACUGACACUCAAGGAUCGGGGAGCCAAUCCGAUGCAUCUACCCCUUCGGUCUUCCCCAUCUUCCGCCACCCUCAACAGUCUCCUCCCUCCGUCCCGGUUAAGGGUAAGAAGGAUAAGAAGACAUCAUUGGCCGGCCGUGGAGCUUCCCGCUCCACGGCAGGGCAAUGA